AUGGUUUAUUAUCCCUAUGUAACAAAAUUAACAUGGAUCAAUCGUCAAAAUUUAAAAAAAUUCACCGUCAACAACAAAGAAAUAAACAAAACAUCAAUAAUACUCAAUCAUCAUGUCCCAAACAAUUUCUUACUUAUUUCCGUUAUUGCUGUUAUCAUUUAUGUUCGUUCACAUGUGUAUAUUCCAUUCCAUCAAAUACAAUUCAAAAUCACUAUGUUUCAUCAAUAUUUGCUCGACAAAAUUGUUCGAGUACAUCAUCAAUCAACUUAUCCUACUAUUAUUGUUAAAAAAUUUGAACGUUUUAUUGAUUUUAUUUUAUCAACAGAUCAUUUAAGUCGUUAUAUAUUUGAACGACAUUUCUGUGAAAUUAAAACGAAAAAAAUAUUUUUUCCUAAAUUAAAUUUGUUUAUUAUAUUAUUAUUAUUUCUAUUUCCUAUAACGCUUGCAUCUAAAUUACCAUCAUCAACAAAAUUUGAUCUCCUCCUAUUAACUAAUCACACAGUCACAUUUUCUUUUAAUUUACCAUUACGAAAAUUACAAUGGCAUGCCGGAUGUUGUUUACGGUCUAAUCAAACAAUGUGUGACUCAAGAACAUAUUCCCCAAUAUCAGGUCAUAGUAUCUAUGUAUCGAAUGAUACAUCUAGUGGAACAUUUUUAUUCGAUGGUGGAAGUCAAUUAAUUGAUCAUCGUCAAUCAUUCUCUACAACUGAUUAUUUCAAUAAUUAUGAUUUCCUUAAUAAUCAAACAGCAUUUUGUCUACGUUAUGAUGCAUUUCGUCAUUUAUCGUCAAAUCCCUUAGCCAUAUUUACAUAUUGUAUUGUUAUAAUUGGUAUUAUAUUGAAUUCCUUUGUAUUUGUGGUUUUCAUGUGUGGUACAUUAAGACGAUCGACAUCAUUUACUUUAUUCGUUGCUUUAACAGUUUUUGAUUUAUUAAGUCUAGCAUCAAGUCUAUUUGCUUUAUUAUUUCGUACUGUAAUGACUUAUUUAACUAAUUCAGCUAUAUUUUGUAAAAUGUUUGGAAUAUUUUUCUUAUACUUUCGUCAAUGCUCAUCAACAACAUUAUUAUUAAUUGCUAUUGAACGUUGUAUUGUUAUUAAAUAUCCAUUUUGUCGAUAUUUAUUUGAAAAAUAUCGUUUACCAAUUUUAGCCUUUAUUAUGCUUAUAUAUGUUGUACCAAUCCCAUUUGAUUUCGUAUUUUAUACAAGUGGUACAUUACAUUGUGAAGCAUUUAAUACAUUACAUGCUCGUCGUUAUCAAAUAUUUCGUGGAUUUUUUACUGUAUUUUCAUAUGCAAUUAUACCAUUUAUAGGUAUAGCUAUAAGUAAUUUAUUAAUUAUAGUUGAAUUAAAAAAUUCAAAAAAACGUUUUAUAAUGAAAAAUGACGAUGGAACAAUGACAAAUUUUUCAACAAAUUCCCCCGAAAUACGAGGUACAACAGUUAUGUUAAUAGUUGCAUCAUUUGCAUUUCUUAUUUUACUUGGUCCAUUUUAUGUACAUUGGUGUAUAACAUAUAUAUUUUUUAACUAUCGUCAAUGUGAAUUUACACGAAAUCUAUAUGAAAAUGUACAAGUAUGUAUGGGUGUAUUUCAUCCAUAUUUGACUGUUAUUGAAAAAGGUAUGCGUGAAUCAAAUCAUGCUAUUAAUUUUAUUUUAUAUAUUGCAACAUCAACACGUUUUCGUUCGGAUUUUAAAAGUAUAUGUCGUCGUCUUUUUUAUCGUAUAUUUGGUCCAGCAAUAUUAUUUUUCUUUACACGUAUAUGUUUUUGUUGUACAGUACCAUCAUGUCUAGCUACACUUCAACAAAAUGUGUCAGAUACAAUGGAUGAAGAAUUUUCAUUUGAAUUACGUCGAAAAAAUCAAGCAGCUUAUAAAACAGAACAUUAUUAUACAAAUUAUGAACGACGACGAAAAACUCAAUUACUUCAAGCGACAUUUUCGGAUCCUAAUCCGUCAACAACAGCUAUGAGAUUAUCACCUACAGUAUCAUUUAAUGCAUCACCCAUCACUACACCUAAAACUGUCCGAACAUUAACAUGGAAUCCCUAUGAUCCAAUGAUACGGCAAGCAGAAAAUAAAAGACAAGCUGCACGUUUAUCACAACAUUUCACAAAAACAGGUGUUAUUUAA